GAACGCCCCAAGAAAAAAGGCAAAACGAGCGAAGCGAGGGUGUGUGUGUGUACUGAGCAGGCCAGCAAAAGGCCGCAAAUGGAGCGGACAGACAUCAGCGGAGGAAAUCCUUUCGAGGACUCUUUUCUCUGGGUCGUCCAGCACCAAGUCUGUUCUUUCUCUCCUUUCAUCUUUUGCUUUUCUCUUGCCCUUUCUCCCUCGACUCUUCUUCCCGGCGUCUUCUCUUCUGGACAGUCGCUGUGAGGAGACGCAGGCCUCUCUCUGGCCGGUUUUCCUCUCUCCGUUUUCUUUUCUUCUUCUCGGCUUGCCUCCAGGUUCUCCUUCGUCUCCUCUUCUUCUCUUCUCCGUCUUCACUCCUCUGCGUUCUCGCCUCGCCGCGCGCGAUUCCAGCGGCGCCUUCCUCUUCUUCGCCCAGUCCCCCUCGCGUCCUCGGAGUGUGCCGGUUUCGAGCUUCAGUGGAUUUCCCUUAGCAGCUCUUCCUGAGUGCAAGAAGAAGAACCGGGAGGCCGGACAGAACGAAAGAACCGGAGCCGGAGAUCUGCUCAGACUGUCUCCCUUCCCAGUGAGAGGAAUCGCUCUUCUUCGUCUCUGGAAGAACAAGCCUUCGAUCGCCGCAAAGGAAGCGCAUCUCCCGACGUCGCUACGAAUCGUACAGGCUUUCUGCUCCUUGCGUUUCUUCCAGAAGAACUUGUUUCUUCAGAUUGGAGGACCGGGACUACGGAGCCGCUCUUUGCUUUCCAAGAGACGCGAAGCCUUUCCAUCGAAAAGAACCGCCUUCGUCGCCUCAAUGGUCCUGUCUGCUCCUCUGCGGCGUCUCCCGCACAUGAUGCGAGCAGUUCUCGUUGAUGCGGCUCCUCUCUCGGGACCGCCUGCUGUCGAGGCGAAAAACCAACAGAGUUUCAAGCUCUUUCUUGGCUCUGCGGCAAUGCCGCAGGCGCGAAAAGAGAAGAACGAAAUUCUCAUCCGAGUCUGCGCCGCCGGCGUCAACCGCAUGGACCUGUUGCAGAAGCGCGGUAAAUAUCCCCCGCCCCCUGGAGCCUCGACGAUCCUCGGUCCAGAAGCCGCGGGGGUUGUCGCGUCCUCCGGGAAGCGAUUUCGAGAAGGCGACAGAGUCAUGGCUCUUCUUCAGGGCGGGGGAUACGCUGAAUAUGUCGCUGUUGAGGAGGGCCUCUGUAUGCCGAUUCCGUCGACUCUCUCCUUCUCUCAGGCCGCGGCAAUCCCCGAAAACUGGCUGACAGCGUAUCAGCUUCUGCACUUCGUCGCAGGUCUUCAACCGGCUUCGACGCCCUCUUCUGCAUGCUUUUCUUCCUCGCCUCCUUCUUCUGCCACAGCCACAGCCGAUUCCUUGAACUCAUCAGAGCAUGGAGAGAGACAAACAGACGCCUGCCCUUUCGUUUGCGCUGGCGCCUCUGGGCGAAGGCUGCCGAUUCGCUCUGUUCUCAUCCACGCUGCAGCCUCAGGUGUAGGCACUGCUCUCGUCCAGCUCUGCCGCCUCCUCGCGAUUCCCACCAUCAUCGCCUCUGCGGGAUCCGACGAGAAACUGCAGCUCUGCAAGACUCUCGGCGCCACUCACCUCAUCAACCACCGAGCUGUCGAGGGUCGCUUUUCAGAAGCCGUCAAGAACGCGACUCACGGACUAGGGGUCGAUUUACUGCUGGAUCCCGUCGGAGCCUCGUUCAUGCAGGAAAACGCACAAAGCUGCGCUUUGGACGCCAGCUGGGUGCUGUAUGGAGCACUAGGCGGUGUCCGCGUACCCAGCUUCGAUUUGCAGCUGCUUUUCGCUAAGCGAAUCCGCCUUCUCAGCUCCACGCUUCGCAGCCAAGAUCUGAGCUAUCGGGAGUCUCUAGUGAGGAGUUUCGAGGAGACGAUUCUCCCGAAACUUGCCGACAGCUCUCUUCGCGUGAUUCUCGACUCCAUCUACACCGCAAGCGAAGCAGACCAGGCUCACCAAAGACUGGAGAAGAACGAAAACAGAGGGAAAGUUGUUUUGACGUUUCCCUGCCCUUCGUAAACUGUAGUAGAGUCGAGUGCCAUCCGUCCAAACGAGGGGUGAACGCCGUUGUGGGUUGUGUGACGCGUUUGUCUCUCUUUCUCGAAAAAAACACAGGCACCCUGAGAUUUACUCGAACUGGC